AUGGUUGUCCUUCUGGAAGGUUAUCUCAUCUCCACAGAGGAACUAUGGAGCCCUGUCAGAGUGACCACCGGGUUGUUGGUCACCGCACUGACCAAACCCCCGUACCCCCACACCCCCAUACCCCCACACCCCCAUACCCCCAUACACCAUACCCCUAUACCCCCACACCCCAUACCCCCACACCCCAUAUCCCACACCCCAUACCCCAUACACCCACACCCCAUACCCCCCACACCCCAUAUCCCCACACCCCCACACCCCAUACCCCCAUACCCCCACACCCCAUAUCCCCACACCCCCAUACCCCCAUACACCCACACCCCCAGACCCCCAUAUCCCCACACACCAUACCCCACACCCCAUACCCCCAUAUCCCCAUACACCAACACCCCAUACCCCCAGACCCCCCAUAUCCCCACACCCCAUACCCCCACACCCCCAUAUCCCCACACCCCAUACCCCCACACCCCAUAUCCCCACACCCCCAUACCCCCACACCCCAUACCCCCACACCCCAUACCCCCAUAUCCCCACACCCCCAUAUCCCCAUACCCCCAAACCCCACACCCCAUACCCCACACCUCCAUACCCCCACACCUCCAUAUCCCGAUUUCCCCACCCCAUACCCCCAUAUCCACAGACCCCCACACCCCAUACCCCCAUACCCCCACACCCCAUACCCCCAUAUCCCCACACCCCCAUAUCUCCCCACCCCAUACCCCCAUAUCCCCACACCCCAUACCCCCAUAUCCCCAUACCCCCAUAUCCCCACACCCCCAUAGCCCCACACCUCCAUAUCCCCAUUUCCCCACACCCCCAUAUCCCCAUACCCCCACACCCCCAUAUCCCUACACCCCAUACACCCAUACCCCCAUAUCCCCACACCCCCAUAUCCCCACACGCCAUACCCCCAUACCCCAUACCCCCAUACCCCCACACCCCAUACCCCCAUAUCCCUACACCCCAUACACCCAUACCCCCAUAUCCCCACACCCCCAUAUCCCCACACGCCAUACCCCAUACCCCCAUACCCCAUACCCCCAUAUCCCCACACCCCAUACCCCCCACACCCCAUACCCCCACACCCCACACCUCCAUACCCCCACACCUCCAUAUCCCGAUUUCCCCACACCCCAUACCCCCAUAUCCCCAGACCCCCACACCCCCAUACCCCCACACCCCCAUAUCUCCACACCCCAUACCCCCACACGCCAUACCCCAUACCCCAUACCCCCAUACCCCCACACCCCAUACCCCCAUAUCCCCACACCCCAUACCCCCAUAUCCCCACACCCCAUACCCCCAGACCCCCACACCCCAUACCCCCACACCCCACACCUCCAUACCCCCACACCUCCAUAUCCCGAUUUCCCCACACCCCAUACCCCAGACCCCCACACCCCCAUACCCCAUACCCCCAUAUCCCCACACCCCCAUAUCUCCACACCCCCAUACCCCCAUAUCCCCACACCCCCACACCCCCAUACCCCCAUAUCCCCACACCCUUACCCCCAUAUCCCCACACCCCCACACCCCCAUAGCCCCACACCUCCAUAUCCCCACACCCCAUACCCCCAUAUCCCCAGACCCCCACACCCCAUACCCCCAUACCCCCACACCCCCAUACCCCCAUAUCCCUACACCCCAUACCCCCAUAUCCCCACACCCCCAUACCCCCAUAUCCCCACACCCCCAUAUCCCCACACCCCCAUACCCCCACAGCCCCAGACCUCCAUAUCCCCACACCCCCAUACCCCCACACCCCCAUACCCCCAUAUCCCUACACCCCAUACCCCCAUAUCCCCACACCCCCAUAUCCCCACACCCCAUAUCCCCACACCCCAUACCCCCAUACCCCCCACACCCCCAUAUCCCCACACCCCCAUACCCCACACCCCAUACCCCCAUGCCCCAUAA